AUAUACUCCCUCUGUAUAUCGGCUAGUCCACCACCCAUCUUCCAGCCUACACGUACAAUCAAGAUGAAGCAGACCGUCGUCCUGUACCCAGGCGCCGGCGUCGGCCACUUCGGGUCCAUGACGGAGCUCGCCCACGUCUUCCUCAACCACGGCUACGACGUCACCAUGGUGCUCAUCGAGCUGCCCGUCAAGUCCUCCGACUCGGGCGCCACCGCCAUCCACCGCAUUGCCGCCGCCAACCCGUCCAUCUCCUUCCAUGUCCUGCCGCUCCUCCCUGUCCCCGACAUGGCCGCCUCCGGCAACGGCAAGCACCCUUUCAUCCACCUGCUGCAGCUGCUGGAAGACUACAACGAGCUGCUCGAAGCCUUCCUCCGCUCCAUCCCCCGGGAACGCUUGCACUCCUUGGUCCUCGACAUGUUCUGCGUCUCCGCCAUCGACGUCUGCGCGAAGCUCGGCGUCCCGGUCUACACCUUCUUCGCCUCGGGCGCCUCCUUCCUCUCUGUCAUGACACAGUUCCCCGCGCUGAUCGCCGGCAGGUGGAUGGGCCUCAAGGACAUCGGGGACACGCCCCUCGAUUUCCUCGGCGUUCCGCCCAUGCCGGCGUCUCAUCUCAUCAGGGAGCUGCUCGAGCACCCGGAGGAGGAGAUGUGUAAGGCCAUGACCAACAUGUGGAAGCGCAACACGGAGACCAUGGGCGUCCUGCUGAACACGUACGAGUCGUUGGAGUGCCGGGCGGUGCAGUCGCUCAGGGACCCGCGCUGCGUCCCAGGACGGACCCUGCCCCCGAUGUACUGCGUCGGGCCGUUGGUCGGCAACGGCGCCAAGGAGAAGGACGACGACGAGGAAGCAGGGAGAAGGAGGUUCCUCGCGGGCGGCGUUCCUCCACUUUCUCUUGGACGUGGAGAAUAUCGGGGAGCAGCGCGGCGAGUGACAAAUCCCUAACAACUCUUGUAGUACUACUUUCUUAGUAUUUCUGUUGAGACCUUUUUUUUAAUAUUUUUGUUGACAACUUGCAUUAACAGCAUCUAUAAUCACA